AUGGCUUCAAAAAUUCAUGACGUUAUCGUUGUUGGUGCUGGUCUCAGUGGUCUCCAAGCAGCAUAUGACAUUCAGAAAGCCGGUCUAUCUUGCAUAGUUCUCGAAGCUCGUAACCGAGUUGGUGGAAAGACAUGGAGUGUCCCUCUCGCAAAUGGCAACGGAACCGUAGAUAUCGGGGCUGCGUGGACAAACGAUACAAAUCAGGCGCUCAUUUAUGCUUACACGCAAAAGUUUGGAAUUGAGCUCAUCAAGCAAAACACCGAAGGAAACUGUAUAUUCCAGGACAAAGACGGAGAGACUCAUGCUUUCCCCUACGGGACUUCUCCGAAGUUUACCGGAGCCAAUGUUACGGAUCUGGAACGUAUCAGGGACUUGGUUCAUGAUCUAUCUGUCGCGUAUGGCUCUCGAACUGGCAGUGUAGAGGACUACGAUCAGAUGAGCCUUGAACAAUUUGUCAUCAGUAAAGGAGGAUCUCAAAAGACGGUCGACAUGGUCAGAAUUUGGAGUCGAGUAAUGCUUGGAGUUGAAGCUACGGAAAUGAGUGCUCAAUAUUUCAUCGAAUACAAUGGAAAAGGCGGAGGAUUGAAAACCCUUCGUUCGGAUGAGAAGCAUGGAGGGCAGUAUCUGAGGUUCAGAGAAGGAACACAAUCCGUCUCUCUAAACCUUGCAACACUCCUUCGACCUAAAUCGAUCCAUCUUUCUCAACCCGUUGUCUCCAUAACCGAUACUCCUGGUCUCGUGACCGUCACCACCUCCACAGGACUCACUUUCCAAUCACGGAAGCUCAUCCUCAGUGUUCCUACUCCUCUCUACCAAGAUAUCACCUUCUCGCCUCCCCUCUCCGGCGGCAAACUCACAGUCACAACUUCAACUACGCUUGGCUACUACUCAAAAGUAAUCUUAUGCUACUCCUCUCCUUGGUGGACCUCAUUGCCAUCCGGUCUCAACGCUUGUGGUCUCGCAAUCUCAUACCAAUCUCCCGUAUGCGUCCUCCGCGACACCUCAACAUCAAUCGACGGCCAAUACUCACUAACGUGCUUCAUCACUGGCUUGCCAGGCACUAUUUGGUCCAAACUCCCUCAACACGAACGUCGUGCUCAAGUCCUGUCUCAAGUCUAUCGACUCUUUGCAGGUACUCAAAGCAAAGAUGACGAUAAAGAGAAAGUGAAGGAAGAAGUGUAUAAUCCUGUUGAGGUCUUUGAGCAGGAGUGGACGAAGGAGGAGUGGAGUAAAGGAGCUCCAUGUCCGGUGAUGGGGCCUGGUGUGCUGAGCAGUGUAGGGAAGGCUUUGAAGGAGAAGGUAGGAAAUUUGCAUUUUGUGGGCACAGAGACGAGUGACGUUUGGGCUGGAUAUAUGGAGGGUGCUGUGAGAUCGGGCGUUAGGGGGGCAAAGGAGGUGAUUGAUGUUUUAGGCGGGGAGAGGGUGGGCGCGAAGCUAUAA